GUUCUCCGCCCCCAGCCUCCCCAGCUGAGUGGAGGAGUUGAUGUGUCUCAUUAGAACAGCCGGUGCGGCCGCCAUCCGCGCUCGGGCGAGGAGCAUGUCCCAGUUAAAUACGCCCUCGCAGCCCCGGCGCCCUUAGCCGACCAGGGCGCGCAGCCCGCACGCUCGCCGGCUCCGGGCGCGCGGCUCCGGGCGUGGACGUCCGCGCAGGCUGGGCUCCGUGCUCCACGGGAGGAUCCGAGGCGCGCGGAGGAUCGCGAUCCGACUCCCGGGCCGGGGUGGGCGGCGGGGAGGCUGGGCCCGGGGCCGCUGGCGCGCGACCCCCGCAUGAGGACGCCCGCCGAGUAGACCGAGGGCGAACUGCCGCGGGAGAAGCUUCGGGGCGGUGCGGGUCCGCUUCCCCGGCGAAGAAGUAGACAUGGCCAGCGACUCGCCGGCUCGCAGCCUGGAUGAAAUCGAUCUCUCGGCUCUGAGGGACCCUGCAGGGAUCUUUGAAUUGGUGGAACUUGUUGGAAAUGGAACGUACGGGCAAGUGUACAAGGGUCGUCAUGUUAAAACAGGCCAGCUUGCAGCCAUUAAGGUCAUGGAUGUGACAGGGGAUGAAGAGGAAGAAAUCAAGCAAGAAAUUAACAUGUUAAAGAAGUAUUCUCAUCACCGGAACAUUGCUACAUACUAUGGUGCUUUUAUCAAGAAGAACCCUCCAGGCAUGGAUGACCAGCUCUGGCUGGUGAUGGAGUUCUGUGGCGCCGGCUCUGUCACUGACCUGAUCAAGAACACAAAAGGCAACACACUGAAAGAAGAGUGGAUCGCGUACAUCUGCAGGGAGAUCCUACGGGGCCUGAGUCACCUGCACCAGCACAAAGUGAUUCAUCGAGAUAUUAAAGGGCAAAAUGUUUUGCUGACCGAAAAUGCAGAAGUAAAACUAGUGGACUUUGGCGUGAGUGCGCAGCUGGACCGCACAGUGGGCAGGAGGAACACCUUCAUCGGGACCCCGUACUGGAUGGCACCAGAGGUCAUUGCCUGUGAUGAAAACCCAGAUGCCACGUAUGAUUUCAAAAGUGACUUGUGGUCGCUGGGGAUCACGGCCAUCGAGAUGGCAGAGGGCGCCCCCCCCCUGUGUGACAUGCACCCCAUGCGCGCCCUCUUCCUCAUCCCCCGCAAUCCAGCGCCCCGGCUGAAGUCCAAGAAGUGGUCUAAGAAAUUCCAGUCAUUUAUCGAGAGCUGCCUGGUAAAGAAUCACAGCCAGCGACCAGCAACAGAACAGUUGAUGAAACAUCCGUUUAUCCGUGACCAACCUAACGAGAGACAGGUCCGCAUUCAACUCAAGGACCACAUCGACAGAACAAAGAAGAAGCGAGGAGAAAAAGAUGAGACGGAGUACGAGUACAGCGGAAGUGAGGAGGAAGAGGAGGAGAACGACUCAGGAGAGCCCAGCUCCAUCCUGAACCUGCCAGGAGAGUCCACCCUGCGGCGGGACUUCCUGAGGCUGCAGCUGGCCAACAAGGAGCGCUCCGAGGCGCUGCGGCGCCAGCAGCUGGAGCAGCAGCAGCGGGAGAACGAGGAGCACAAGCGGCAGCUGCUGGCCGAGCGCCAGAAGCGCAUCGAGGAGCAGAAGGAGCAGCGUCGGAGGCUGGAGGAGCAACAAAGGCGGGAGAAGGAGCUUCGGAAGCAGCAAGAGAGGGAGCAGCGCAGGCACUACGAGGAGCAGAUGCGCCGGGAGGAGGAGAGGAGGCGUGCUGAGCAUGAGCAGGAAUACAUCAGGCGACAGUUAGAGGAGGAGCAAAGACAGUUAGAGAUCUUACAGCAGCAGCUACUGCAUGAACAAGCUCUACUUCUGGAAUAUAAGCGCAAACAACUGGAAGAACAGAGACAAGCAGAAAGGCUGCAGAGACAACUAAAGCAAGAGAGGGACUAUUUGGUGUCCCUUCAGCAUCAGCGGCAGGAGCAGAGGCCCCUGGAGAAGAAGCCACUGUACCAUUACAAAGAGGGGAUGAGUCCCAGUGAGAAGCCUGCCUGGGCCAAGGAGGUAGAAGAGCGGUCAAGACUGAACCGGCAGAGCUCUCCUGCCAUGCCACACAAGGUUGCCAACAGGAUAUCUGACCCCAACUUGCCCCCAAGGUCGGAAUCCUUUAGCAUUAGUGGAGUCCAGCCUGCUCGGACACCACCCAUGCUCAGGCCUAUGGACCCCCAGAUCCCCCAGCUGGUAUCUGUGAAAUCGCAGGGACCUGCCUUGACCGCCUCCCAGUCAGUGCAUGAGCAGCCCACAAAGGGCCUGUCUGGGUUUCAGGAGGCUCUGAACGUGACCUCUCACCGUGUAGAGAUGCCGCGCCAGAACUCCGAUCCCACCUCUGAAAACCCUCCUCUCCCUACUCGCAUUGAGAAGUUUGACCGAAGUUCUUGGUUACGACAGGAAGAAGACAUUCCACCAAAGGUGCCUCAAAGAACAACUUCUAUAUCCCCAGCAUUAGCCAGAAAGAAUUCUCCUGGGAAUGGUAGUGCUCUGGGACCCAGACUAGGAUCUCAGCCCAUCAGAGCAAGCAACCCUGACCUCCGGAGGACGGAGCCCAUCUUGGAGAGCCCCUUGCAGAGGACCAGCAGUGGCAGUUCCUCCAGCUCCAGCACACCCAGCUCCCAGCCCAGCUCCCAGGGAGGCUCUCAGCCUGGGUCACAGGCAGGAUCCAGUGAAAGAACCAGAGUUCGAGCCAACAGUAAGUCGGAAGGGUCACCUGUACUCCCACAUGAGCCUUCCAAGGUGAAACCAGAAGAAUCCAGGGACAUUACCCGGCCCAGUCGACCAGCUAGCUAUAAGAAAGCUAUAGAUGAGGAUCUGACGGCAUUAGCCAAAGAAUUAAGAGAACUCCGGAUUGAAGAAACAAACCGUCCACUGAAGAAAGUGACAGAUUACUCUUCCUCCAGUGAAGAGUCAGAGAGUAGUGAAGAAGAGGAGGAAGAUGGAGAAAGUGAGACUCAAGAUGGGACAGUGGCUGUCAGCGACAUACCCAGACUGAUACCAACAGGAGCUCCAGGGAGCAAUGAGCAGUACAGUGUGGGCAUGGUGGGGACCCACGGGCUGGAGACCUCUCACACGGACACUUUCAGCAGCAGUCUUUCACGAGAAGGAACCUUGAUGAUUAGAGAGACAGCUGGAGAGAAGAAGCGAUCUGGCCAUAGUGACAGCAAUGGCUUUGCUGGCCACAUCAACCUCCCAGACCUGGUACAACAGAGCCAUUCCCCAGCUGGUACACCAACAGAGGGCCUGGGGCGUGUUUCCUCCCAUUCCCAGGAAAUGGACUCGGGGACCGAGUAUGGCUUGGGCAGCAGCACCAAAGCCUCCUUCACCCCCUUUGUGGACCCCAGAGUAUACCAGACAUCUCCCACUGAUGAGGAUGAAGAGGAUGAAGAAUCAUCAGCUGCAGCUCUGUUUACUAGCGAACUCCUUAGGCAAGAACAGGCCAAACUCAAUGAAGCAAGGAAGAUUUCAGUGGUAAACGUAAACCCAACCAACAUUCGGCCUCAUAGCGAUACACCGGAAAUCAGAAAAUACAAGAAACGAUUCAACUCAGAAAUACUUUGUGCAGCUUUGUGGGGUGUAAACCUUCUGGUGGGAACUGAAAAUGGCCUCAUGCUUUUGGACCGAAGUGGGCAAGGCAAAGUCUAUAACCUGAUCAACCGGAGGCGAUUUCAGCAGAUGGAUGUGCUUGAAGGACUAAAUGUUCUUGUGACCAUAUCAGUUAAAUACGAAAGGAUCAAAUUCUUGGUGAUUGCCUUAAAGAAUGCUGUGGAAAUAUAUGCCUGGGCUCCUAAACCAUAUCACAAGUUCAUGGCAUUUAAGUCUUUUGCAGAUCUCCAACACAAGCCUCUGCUAGUUGAUCUCACUGUAGAAGAAGGUCAAAGAUUAAAGGUUAUUUUUGGCUCACACACUGGUUUCCAUGUAAUUGAUGUUGAUUCGGGAAACUCCUAUGAUAUCUAUAUACCAUCUCACAUUCAGGGCAAUAUCACUCCUCAUGCUAUUGUCAUCUUGCCUAAAACAGAUGGAAUGGAAAUGCUUGUUUGCUAUGAGGAUGAGGGGGUAUAUGUGAACACCUAUGGCCGGAUAACAAAGGAUGUGGUGCUCCAAUGGGGAGAAAUGCCCACGUCUGUGGCCUACAUUCAUUCCAAUCAGAUAAUGGGCUGGGGCGAGAAAGCUAUUGAGAUCCGGUCAGUGGAAACAGGACAUUUGGAUGGAGUAUUUAUGCAUAAGCGAGCUCAAAGGUUAAAGUUUCUAUGUGAAAGAAAUGAUAAGGUAUUUUUUGCAUCCGUGCGAUCUGGAGGAAGUAGCCAAGUGUUUUUCAUGACCCUCAACAGAAAUUCCAUGAUGAACUGGUAACAGAAGAGCACUUGGCACUUAUCUUCAUGGCGUUAUUUCUAAUGUAAAAGAACAUAACUCAUGUGGACUUAUGCCAGUCUAGAGGCAGAAUCAGAAGGCUUGGUUGAACAUACUGCUUUCCCUUUUCCUGUCCCUCCACCCUUCCCAAUGCAGUCCAUCUUUCAGUGUUGCAGCCUGGUUGAGAAGGAGAGAAAAAGUUGGCAGGAAUGUCUGGGAGAUCCCCAAGGAUGCUGCGUUGUCUGUGGACAGAGAUGGACCAUGUGCCCUUCAAAGUUAGGGAUAGAAACAAAUAUUGUGUGCUCUUAUGAUUAAGCUGUGUUAUGGUGGCUUUUGAGUUUUGUUUUGACCUUUUUUCCUUUACCCCCUAACUUUGUAAGAAUGGGGAGAGAACGCAUACUGAGAAAAUGAGUCUGUCUUUAAUUCUGUCUGCCUGCUAGUUUUAAGUAUAUGGUAUGUUGUAAAAUUUCUAAUUUCUGAUGGUGAGAGACAGCACAAUAAAUGUACCUAAUCUCCUUACAAUGAAGGCCAUAACAACAUUAGUGGGGUGAUUUAAGAACUCUUUUGCCUUCACCAACCCCAGGUUGCUUUUUGAUAGCAACUGGCUAAUGAAUUUUUAAGAGAAGAAAAAUACUAGUUUUCCCCUCUUUUGGGAAAUAGAUUUUAAAUGGCUAAACUACUAGCCUUAGUCUAAUAAAAUCAACUACUGCUUUGUGAGUACAACUGGCCAUAUUUUCCUAUGGUCUUUAUAGAAUGAAGUGCUGAGUGGGAUAAAAACCCAGCGAGUGGAGUGGGCCUAGAGAUUGAGGAUGCUGUGAUGCAAAUUCCCUCAGCCAUUAUGCAACAGAUCAGGGCAGCAGAUGGGAAAGACAGAUCAGGCCAGACAGAAAGAGCUUCUGGGAAACAAGCUUAGACAUCUAUGUAAAUACACACACCUCCUUUUUUUAAAAUGCACAAAGCCUCCCAGUUAAGAGGUCACUUGAUUUGAGCUUAGCUAGAACUGAGAUUGAUGAGUUCUUUCUGGGAACUGGGGAAUGCAUGACAUCCAGGCUCUGGACAUUCCCAGCUCUCUCCUGAGGGUGCCACUUUCUCAAGAUGAAAACUGUGACCGCAAAGAAUUACUAAAGAAAGCUGCCCAUGCUCUCCCUGGUUGGGCAAGAGAAGAAGCUACAGUACUAAGCCUGCCUGAGACACAGUGGCAUCAUUGGCUCAGAUUUUAGAGAACUUGAAAGCAAGGCUUUGGCCAAAAUUCUGAGACCCUAAUCACUUUACCUUCCUUCAAAUUUCCCAACAUACAGUAAACAACAUCCAUGCAAAGAUAAGUAUGUAUUUAGUUCAGGUUGACUUGUGUCUUUAUAAACUCUUAUUCGAAUGAUUUGAACUUUUACGUGACUGUCUGGGAUUUUUUUCCAAAGCUACAAGCAUGGCCGCCUGUGGUAUCAAGGUGUUGCAAAACAAUAUCUGUGUUACGCUUCCUGUUUUAACCUACCUCGUUUUGUUUGUUUUUGUUCACUGUUCAUCACAGCAGUGUUAUCUCCAGGAGACAUAUAGAGAGCUCAACUGGCAAUCUCAGGUGUAUUUAAUAUUUAAAAAAACAAAACAGUAGUUGACUAAAUUGUUCUUUAAAAAAAAUGAGGGGAAAAAAUCCAAGGACAGAAACCAAUAUGCUUGUUUUGGGAGAAAGCAAAUAUUGUAAAUGAAUUUUUAAAAAUAAAUAAAGCCUAUGAUCCUGUGGAUUUUGUCUAAAUACAUGAGCAGCUGAUAUACUAUUAAUGAGAACGAAGCCUACAUUAGGAAAAAAUGGGGCCAUUUCAAUCUGGUAGUUUGGGCAAGAGGGGAGGGAAGAGGGAUAUUCUAGGUUCUGGACUAAAUGAUUAUGUCCUCCCUUCCCAAAAGGUGGUUGUCAUUUGCAUUCAUUUUAAGCAGGUAACACCCAGGAAUGAAACAGAAUUUUCUUAAGGUGACACCAAGAUGUCCCCAUCACAUUCCCUUUAGCUCUCAAAAGUAAUGAAAUCCUCCCGUUCUCAUUUUUACUGCUGUGGUGAUGCUGCUGAACAAUGCUAUCUCUACAAUUUUCAUGCAACAAAUUCAACAAUAAAACUUUGGAUUGAAUCUAGCAACUACUGUAAUUGAAUGCCAACACGGACAAAAUAUAUUAUUUGGGUCUUGUCUCCAAAUGUGAUUGCCACCAGCUCUUUAUAUUGCUGCUGUGGUAUUUUAAAUCAGAAGCUUCUUGAAAUUAUGUUGCAAACUGAUCUUUGUUUUUAUGUUUCAUAUUGUUGUUGUUCUUUUUAUUUCUAAGUGAUAAGUUUGAAACACACAGCUUUAAAUGAUUUUUUUAUUGUGGGAUUUUUGGGUACAGUUAAGAAAUAAAAGGGAUUCAUUGUGUUUAAACAUAAGGUAGUUUGUGAAUGUAUUUUUUAAAACCUAGAUUCACUGAAACAAAAAGAUCAUAAGAAAAACUAUAAUGCAGUCUUGUUUACAGUAUGUACAGUGACAUAACAUAGAACAUGAGCUUUUCUGGUGCCAACAAAAAUAAAACACAGAUGUUAAACAUCAAGUCAUGCCUUUUAUAUUUUUGUACAAACAUUCUACAAUGAAUAUAAGGCCAACUCAAAUUUAAAAGGGCCUCCACAAAUAUGUGCUCCUUAAUACCUACUUGUAGAAUUCUUUGAAGUUUUUUCCUUCAAAAAUAGACA